AUAGGAAAUCAAGCACUCAGUCCCUGUCCCCACAUCAGUUGUCAUGACCACCAUGACUCCUUUCAGCGUCUCUGCCAAUGCCAAUACUGGAGCUGCUGCCUUCACUCCUGGCACUGUCAGCCAGCAUGGGGGGGCGCUGCCCCAGCAGUCCCUCUCUGAUGCAGCUGCUGCCUUCACUCCUGGCACUGUCACUGCCAGCCAGCAUGGGGGGGCGCUGCCCCAGCAGUCCCUCUCUGAUGCAGCUGUUGCCUUCACUCCUGGCACUGUCACUGCCAGCCAGUAUGGGGGGGCGCUGCCCCAGCAGUCCCUCUCUGAUGGAGCUGCUGCCUUCACUCCUGGCACUGUCACUGCCAGCCAGCAUGGGGGGGUGCUGCCCCAGCAGUCCUUCUCUGAUGGAGCUGCUGCCUUCACUCCUGGCACUGUCACUGCCAGCCAGCAUGGGGGGGCGCCGCCCCAGCAGUCCCUCUCUGAUGGAGCUGCUGCCUUCACUCCUGGCACUGUCACUGCCAGCCAGCAUGGGGGGGUGCUGCCCCAGCAGUCCCUCUCUGAUGGAGCUCUGAUGGUGGGCAGCAAACCCCUGUCUCGUGUGGCCAGCGGGGCAGAGCGUUACCCAGAGACAGUGGAGGCCCUGAGGGACGUGGGCAGGCUCAGGGAGAGACACAACACCCUGGAGACCAGAGUAGAGCUGCUGGAAGCAGGCAAGGCUGACCAGGCCCAGCUCCAGCACCUCCGGGAGCUCCUACCUGACAUGGGGGACAGGGAUGUGCCUGACAAUCUGUUGGAUCAACUGACUCAUCUGAGAGUUCUGGUCGACAGCCUGAUGGGUGACAGAGCCAAGCUGGGAGAACUGGAGCAGCUGAUUCUGAACAUAGGAACAGUUCAGGGCUCAGAGGGAGGCUCAGAAACAGCCAAAGGGUCAGACAGUGAGGACUCCUCUGACUCUCCUAAACAAGGACAGCUCAGACUGCAGAUAUUAUACCUCAGGAAUGCAGUGAAAGUGGAGGAAGAGGUGCUACUGCUGAAGACUGAGAACACAUCAGCCAAGGCUGAGCAGAAGACCAAGAAAGACAGACAGCUACAGGAUCAGAUGGACAACCUGAGAGGCAUGCUGGAGGACAUGAUGCAUGUCCCCUUCCUCCUCGCUGCUCUCCCAGAGCCUGCAGGGAGCUCGGAGCUGAUGAAUGACGUUCGAGCCACCAUGCAGCUGCAGGCUGAGUGUGAGAAGCUCCACGGCACAGCCAACCACCUGAUUGAGGAGCACGGCCAGAAACAGGUCCACAUCGACCAUCUGUACAAGUCCAUGGAAGAACUGGACGAGAAGAAAGCUGACAAAGAGCUUGUGGAGAUGGAGAUUGAAAUCAAAGCAGACAAGCGUGCCCUGGAGACCAAGGUGAGCCGCAUGCAGUUUGACUCCAUGACAGAGGAGCUCAACACCAUGUUCCAGGAGCUGCUCAGCAAGAUCACCGGCCAGGAGCAGGACUGGCACAAAAUCAUCACAAAAUCUCCACGAGAUGGACUGGACCGGAUUGAGCUGGAUCCUGUGAAGAAGCAGCUGGAGGACCGCUGGAAGAGCAUCCGUAAGCAGCUGCAGGCCCAGCCUGCCCCGAAGGAGGACGACGCUGCAGGCAUCAGGAAACAACUAGUGGCAAGGUUCCACUGCAUCUCCUGCGACCGCCCAGUCGAUAUGCUUACCCCAGGACCGCACUUGGUCACCCUGCCCUCCACUCCUGGCCUACCCUCCCACAAGUCCAACCGACCGUACACCAUCUAUGAGCUUGAGCAGGUUCGCCAGCAUUGCAGAAGCGAGCGCAUCCCUGAGAUGGCGGACUACAGUUACCUGGCCAUGUCCCGGAGCUGUGGAGGCAGCCACACCGUGACCUACCCCAACCGCCGCUACACCCGCCUGCAGCAAUUCAGCCACUUCAUCCAGGCUGAGGAGGAGACACCGCCCAUCUCCAGCUCCCCACUGCGCAUUCAGCCGGAGGAGGUAGACAUCCUGGGAUUGGAUGGACAUAUCUACAAGGGCCGCCUGAAAACCAGAUCGGUCAAGACUGUGGAUGCCAGACUACCCACCAUCUUUCCUAAAGACGGCAUGUGCAAGAGCAAAGACAAGAUCAUGCGCUCCCAGUUCCAGAAGCCUGGCUGCACAGAGCCGGGCUGUGUGACCCCUGUGCGACCCCAGAGUGCAAAACCCAGCGCAGCCGCCAGCCUCAGGCAGCUCUGUGCGGGACCGCCCAUGUCUUCUUUAGGCUGCCUGUCCCAGGCUACCCUUCCCCAGAGCUCGUCCCAUGCUGACACCACCAGCGAGCUGCUGCAGCAAGAUCUGGAGCUUCACGUGGACCUGAGCCAGUCGGAGGAAGAGCCCGUCAUCAUCCUGUAG